AGGGAGCGCCAGAAGAGGACAAUGAGAGCAGGCCGGUGCAACCCUGCUGGAACAGCGGACAGCGCUCCGCUCGUGGGAAGCUGUGCGCUUUGUGUUUUGCGCUUUUCUCCCGGAGGUGCGCGAUUGGAUCCGCGAUGACCCCCGCAGGAGUAUGGUGCUGCCGCUACGGCACCGCAAACCGAUCCAAAGGGGGCGGAAUACCAAGUUACGGUGUCUCGUCACCUUGUCAUGCCACGCCGACACUGAAAACAGCUGUGACCAUUGUCCCUAUGAAACGGAACUCAUCGAUGCCCAGCACACAUCUCUUGGCCGGAAUACUGGUGUUAUUAGCGUGUACCGGUACGACAAGAGCUCAAGGAGGGGUAGCAAACGCAGAACCGACCGCGGCUGCAAGAAACAGCACCAGUAACGAACCAAACUGCUUCGUGGUGCCGGAGGCUGGGCCCUGCAAUGGAAGGCUCUUCCGGUAUUACUUCCACUGGGGAGUCGGACAGUGUUUUCGGUACGAAUACAGCGGAUGUGGAGGUAGCGGAAACAACUUCCGGAGCCGACAAAAAUGCAUGAAGACCUGCUGGCCACUGAACUAUCACAUGUACUGUCGUACAGCUGUGGACCAAGGGCCGUGCCAGUCAUGGUCUGUGCGCUACUACUACAGCUCCGAGAAGAACCACUGCUUCCCCUUCUACUACUCGGGCUGUGGAGGAAACCUGAACAACUUCCGCUCUGAACAGGAGUGCCGGGCCAUCUGCAUUGCCGAGUGAAAGUGCGAAGCGUAGUGUUCGGGUAGUCACCAACGCUUGUCAAGUGUUUGAUUGCCCCGUCUACAAAAGAGCAACUCCUAAAAAUCCUCACCACUCGCCUUUGCGACCUGCUCGAGUUUUGUUUUUCGAACGCGUAUGCGAGUGCACAUUUGUUCGUGUGCGCUGAUUGUCUACGCAAUAAAAUGAGGACAAAGGCAAUAUCCAGAUGGCGCUGCACAAGCGGGCAGUCAUAAGGACGCGCGGCUUGCGCCAUAUUUAAAAGUGACCGACUCGCAAGUCGGUUCCAUUAAGAGCUUUUACCAUAGAAUUUUUCUCGUUGGCCAACGUUCUGACGUCAUUCGUGAGUCAAAUAAACUUAGGGAAAAGCC